AUGAAUAGUAGUAGUAGUAAUCAUAUGAUGAUGACAACAGAGCAAGAAGAAGAAGACAUUAAAAACAAGGAAUUAUUGGUUGCAAGAUCGAUAUUGGAGUUUUGGGAUACAAGUACCACACAAGAUGAUAUAGACAUUAAACAUAGCAGUGGUGGCAGUAGUAGUAGUAAUGGUCAUGGCAAUAUGAAUGGAAUCCAUUUGGAUCUUUUAGAUUCAUCAUCAUCAUCAUCUCUACUCAAAAAGAGUAUCAAUGGACACUACCAUUUCAACAUUAUUGGUGGCAAUGAAAAAGAAUAUUUAGAACAACAAGUAGAUGAUGAAAAGAAUAAGAUUAGAUCAAGUAUGAAAAUCAAUAUGUUGAUUAAUGAUUCAGAAAAUGAUAAAGGUGAAAAUCAAAAUCAAAAUAAUCAAAAUAAUCAAAAUAAUAAUCAAAAUAAUAAUAAUAUUGAUAAUGAUAAUAAACAAAGACAUCCACAACAAUCACAACAAUUACCAACAUCAAAUUUAAUUCAACAACAACAAUAUAAUAAUAAUAAUAUUAAUAAUGGAAAUGGAAAUAAUUAUUCACCAUCUUCAUCAUCUUCAUCACCUCCAUUUUUAAGUAAUGAUAUAUUUCAUCAACAUCCACAACAACAACAACAUCAUCACCAUCAUCAUCAUUUACAACAACCUCAUAAUAAUAAUAAUAAUAAUCACCAUCAUCAACAAAAUGGUCACAAUCAACAACAAAAUGGUCAAUAUAUAGUUCAACCAAUAUCACAAUCUCAACAACAUUUAUCAAUAUUUAGACCAACAAAAGAACAUCAACAACAAUUACUAAUGGAAUCAAAUUCAAAUGGAUAUAAUAAUCAACAAAAUAAUCAACAAAAUAUAAUAUCAGAUGAAGAAGAUGAUAAAACAAAACCAAAAAGAAAAAGAAGAAAUGCAAUACCUACAUCACCACCAGUUGGAAUGGAGAUUAAUUACGAAGCAUUAUUUUCUUUACCACUUAACCAAUUAAGACGCCCUAAACUUUCAACGCUGCUUUCCAGUGAUGGCAAGUUGAAAUGCCGACAUCAAUACUGCCUCACGCUCGGAAACAUAUAUACCUUUACAAAGAAGCAGUCACUAUCGAUACACGAAAGAAAACCGCACAACGAAUGUGACGAGACGUGUCAGGUGUGCCGACGAAACGACAUUCCCAUCAAGGACCCUGCCAAAGAGGAGCAACUUGCGCAAUGCAGACAUCCGGGGUGCACCAAGGUCACCUCAAAAUCGAAUCUAUCACACCACGAAAAGAAAUAUCAUCCGUGUGUCAAUCCCGAUGAUUGUAAUAUAUGUCAAUUCUAUAGUAAAAAGAGAUCAAUGGCCAAACACACAAUGGUCAAUCAAUAUCAACAACAACAACUUCAAAUUCAAAAACAACAAUUACAACAAAAUUAUAGUCUCUAUCAUCAACAACAAUAUCAACAUCAACAACUUUAUCAAUUAAAACAACAACAACAACAACAAGUUAAUCAAGCGAGUCAAACGAAUCAAGUGAAUCAACAAUUAAAUCAUAUACAACAACAACAACAACAAAAACAAUUUUCAAUGCAUCCGUUACCACCACCUUCUAAUCCACAAUUGUCACAAUCUCAAUCACAAUUAUUACCUUCAUUUUAUUUUACUGCUUCAUCUUCUUCUUCCUCUUCAUCAUCUUCUUCAUCAUCAUCGUCGACACCGACACCAUCACAACUGUCACCAAUCAGUUUAACUUUAUUACCAUCAUCAACACCGACAUCACCUCUAUUUCCACCACUUUCAACAUUAUCACCUCCCAAUUCAAAUUCUCCACCAAUGAAUUUUAAUUAA